AUGGACUGGAACGACAAUACAUUCCGCGUGUAUUCUACGCAAAAUGUACAUGGAUCGCAUUGUUACACAUCAUAUUUGGACCAAUCAUCUGAAAAUGAGGUUCAUAUUAUCGAUCACGACAUCGAAGACGACCAAGAUGAUGAUGACGAUGAAGAAGAAGAAGAAGAAGAAGAAGAAGAAGAAAAAACCUCCAACGGCUCGGAUGACUCGGUUUCAUCUGUGGCAAGCGAUGAUAAAGAAUCGAUUCCCUUCGCUAUCUCACCCGAUAACGAGAGCAAAUGUGCCGGACUUGACGACGACCCUAUGCAUGUCACAGCUAUAACUCCUGACGAUGACCGCAUCCAAGGGACUCGAAGACCAAGCUCUUGGGUAGUGCGACUGCAGGGUAGUGACCGAGAUGUCCUGGUAUACGCAGCAAGAUUUAUGGGACUAUUGGGUCCUAGUUACCCGGUUCAGGACGCAAGCAAUAACCUUUUUGGGCAGAUCAUUUCAGUCGGUUUCUUUAAGGGCUCAACAAUAGCUCUUAUUGAGCCGGCGAAAGAGGAUUCGAAACACGCAUGCAAGGAAUGA